UUUUGUGGUGUAAAUAUGGCGACAGCCAGGUUGUCAAUUGAGAGGGAGUUUGUUCUAUUUUUGGUCUCUCUUGCAUUUCCAUCGCCACGUAAUGCUACUAAUUAUACAAAAGACAGUGCAGAAAGUAUCAGUGCUUCUGAGUAGUCACUUGCCAUCUAUUGCGAAUUACUUUGGGGCUUGCUAUUGAGAAUUUUUCGGGGGUGUUUGUUUUGUUCAGGAAGUUUUUUCGAGUAUCCGGAGAGAUGUAUUGUGGGUCAAUGUACCUGUGGAAUAACACAAACACAAACAUGACUGACUCAAAAUAUUUCACUACGACGAAGAAGGGAGAAAUCUUUGAGCUUAAGUCCGAGCUCAACAAUGAUAAGAAGGAAAAGAAGAAGGAAGCGGUUAAGAAGGUUAUAGCAAGCAUGACCGUGGGCAAGGACGUAUCUGCCCUCUUUCCGGACGUCGUCAACUGCAUGCAGACGGACAAUCUGGAAUUGAAGAAGCUCGUGUAUCUGUAUCUGAUGAAUUAUGCCAAAUCCCAGCCCGAUAUGGCUAUAAUGGCAGUGAAUACUUUUGUCAAGGAUUGCGAAGAUUCCAAUCCAUUGAUUCGGGCUCUUGCUGUACGUACAAUGGGGUGUAUUCGUGUAGAUAAGAUUACUGAGUAUCUCUGUGAGCCGUUGAGGAAGUGUUUGAAGGAUGAGGAUCCCUAUGUGAGGAAGACAGCUGCAGUUUGCGUAGCCAAACUCUAUGAUAUUUCCUCAUCAAUGGUGGAAGAUCAGGGAUUUCUAGAUCAGUUAAAGGAUCUUCUAUCGGACUCUAAUCCGAUGGUUGUGGCCAAUGCAGUGGCUGCUCUCAGUGAGAUUAAUGAAGCAAGCCAAUCUGGACAGCCUUUGGUGGAAAUGAAUUCCGCCACCAUUAAUAAGUUAUUGACAGCUCUCAAUGAGUGCACUGAAUGGGGUCAAGUAUUUAUUCUCGAUUCUCUUGCCAACUACAGUCCCAAGGAUGAGCGUGAGGCUCAGUCUAUUUGUGAGAGAAUCACACCAAGAUUAGCUCAUGCAAAUGCAGCAGUUGUCUUGAGUGCUGUUAAGGUUUUGAUGAAACUUCUGGAAAUGUUGUCCAGUGAUAGUGAUUUUUGUGCAACACUCACGAAAAAACUUGCUCCUCCACUUGUGACACUGCUCUCUUCCGAGCCAGAAGUUCAGUAUGUGGCUCUGAGGAAUAUCAAUUUGAUUGUCCAAAAACGUCCGGAUAUUCUUAAGCAUGAGAUGAAAGUCUUCUUUGUGAAGUACAAUGAUCCAAUCUAUGUGAAACUUGAGAAACUUGAUAUUAUGAUUCGAUUGGCCAAUCAAAGCAAUAUAGCUCAAGUUUUGAGUGAACUGAAGGAGUAUGCAACGGAAGUUGAUGUGGAUUUUGUUCGAAAGGCCGUACGUGCUAUUGGAAGAUGCGCCAUCAAAGUUGAACCAUCGGCUGAACGAUGUGUUUCAACACUUCUUGAUUUGAUUCAGACCAAAGUGAAUUAUGUUGUUCAAGAAGCUAUUGUUGUCAUCAAAGAUAUCUUCCGGAAGUAUCCUAAUAAAUAUGAGAGUAUUAUCAGUACUCUGUGUGAGAAUCUCGAUACAUUGGAUGAACCUGAAGCUCGUGCAUCAAUGGUAUGGAUUAUUGGGGAGUAUGCUGAGAGAAUUGAUAAUGCUGAUGAGCUGCUCGAUAGCUUCCUGGAAGGAUUCCAGGAUGAAAAUGCUCAAGUACAGCUGCAACUCUUGACAGCUGUUGUAAAACUCUUCCUGAAGCGUCCAGCUGACACUCAAGAAUUAGUACAGCAUGUUCUUUCACUUGCAACUCAAGACAGUGACAAUCCUGAUCUGAGAGAUCGUGGAUUCAUCUACUGGAGACUUCUGUCCACGGAUCCAGCUGCAGCAAAGGAAGUUGUUUUGGCAGAUAAGCCUCUGAUCUCCGAGGAGACAGACUUGCUGGAGCCAACACUUCUCGAUGAACUCAUUUGCCAUAUCUCAUCUCUGGCCAGUGUCUAUCACAAGCCACCGACAGCAUUUGUCGAGGGACGUAGUGCUGGAAUAAGAAAGUCACUGCCUAAUCGUCAGGGAUCGGCUGAAGAUGGGGCUCAUGGAGUGAAUGAGGCAACUGUUAUUCCCAAUCAGGAAUCACUUAUUGGGGAUCUUUUGUCCAUGGACAUUGGAGUACCAAUAGCUCCCGUGGCUGAAACUACCACCAGCAAUGUGGAUCUGCUUGGAGGAGGCCUGGACAUUCUGCUUGGAAGUGGACAACCUGAACCAGCUGCUGCUGGAGGAUCGGGGCUCUUGGGCGAUAUCUUUGGUAUUGGAGGGGGCACAUCUACGAUGAUUCAGAUUCCCAAAAUUGUCUGGUUACCAGCUGAGAAGGGCAAGGGUUUGGAGAUUUUGGGUACAUUCUCACGACGCGGUGGGCAAAUUUGUAUGGACAUGACAUUUACGAACAAAGCGAUGCAGGCAAUGACGGGAUUUGCUAUUCAGCUCAAUAAGAACAGCUUUGGUAUUGUACCAGGUGCUCCACUUCAGGUGGGUCCUCUGCAGCCAUCACAGUCCUUGGAUACGUCCCUGACUCUGGGUACAACGGGUCCAGUACAGCGAAUGGAACCACUGAAUAAUCUUCAAGUUGCUAUCAAGAACAAUGUGGAUAUCUUCUACUUUGCCUGCCUUGUGCAUGCAAAUGUGUUGUUUUCAGAGGAUGGACAGCUGGACAAGAGGGUCUUCCUGACCACAUGGAAGGAGAUUCCAGCUGCCAAUGAGGUGCAGUACAAUUUGUCUGGAGUCCAUGGGUCAGCAGAUAGCAUUGCUGCCAAGAUGACCGCUAACAAUAUUUACACAAUUGCUAAGAGGAAUGUUGAGGGGCAGGAUAUGCUGUAUCAAAGUCUCAAAUUGACAAAUAAUAUUUGGGUGUUGCUUGAGCUGAAACUUCAACCGGGAAAUCCUGAUGCAACAUUGAGUUUAAAAACGAGAUCCGUGGAAGUAUCAUCGAUGAUUUUCACAGCUUAUGAAAGUAUUAUACGAUCUCAGCAAUAAGGACUCGUCGCUUUUGAGGCUAAUCUCACAAACUUUUUAUUUGGCUGCAUUCCACCCCCUAUCAAUGUUUGAGCCGGCAUUUCCCGUAAGUACAUCUUUAAGAUAUACAUCAUAUAAAAUUAAUCAUCCUGGAUCUUGGGGGUCUGCAGGAUAAAAUGUUGAUUAUUUUCUAGUGCAUACUCUCAAUGAUUAUAUUAGAAAAAAAAAUAGUUAAGAGUUAUGUAUUCAAGUGUGGAUUAAUCCACACCAUUUAUUGAUAUGAUAAUGAUAAAAAUAUUAACUAUAAAAAAAUUAAGGUAACUCAUUUAUGUCCAGAAUUGCCCUUUGAAUGGCUAAACGAAGUUUCUUGCGUUUAAAAUCA